UGCGACUGUCGUACAUUCAUUACACACACCUACCAUCUUGUCGUCAUACAUGUACAUGAAUGUAUACUAUAGUACAUACAUAGCGUGAUGUUGGUAUGUACAGUACGUUAAUUUUAGGAACUGGCUUCGAUUUGACAUACGGUGUGUUUGUGCUGUUUUGAUCAUGACCAUUUUAUAUUAAGCUGGGAAUAGCUGCCAUUAAUCGGAACGUGUACAUUGUCAUCAGAAGAUAAGGACAAGAAAUUGUCGGUUUCAACAGAGCCAGAGAUUAUUAAUUGACAGAAUUAACUUGACUCCUGCAUUACAAGUUCUUCAUCCACCGUUCCAAUAAAAGUUUCAAGCAUGUAGCUGAACAGUCACAGUACAGUCUCAAUUGAAGUUAUAAGUUGUCCACUACAUCUUAACCAUGGACACAUUCCAAGCUGGUAGAAAACACUUUUGUCCCCGUCUUUUAGAUUACGUUCUCAUCGUAGGAACCCGUCAUCCUAAUGGCAAUAAUAGUGUCUCUAAGACACCGGAAUUGCUUCGACGAUAUCCACAAGAAGAUCACACUGACUUCCCCUUGCCCAAAGAUGUUGUCUUCUUUUGUCAACCAGAAGGAUGUCUCACAGUUGGACGGAAAAAAUUAAGUCUUCGGGAAAAUACAUCGUUUGUUUUUACUCUGACUGACAAGGACAGUGGUCGAGCACGGUUUGGUAUCUGUGUCAACUUUUAUCGUCCCUUUAAAUCUUCAAAAAGAAAAACCCUUGAGAAUCAAGGUGAAAAGGCACUAGUCAAUAACAGACAGAAUUCAAGCAGUAAUGAUACAUUGAAUGUGCCAUCAGAUGAUGUGGAUCAGAGAAAAUCACCAAGAACUCGCAGAAGACUCAAGCAAGCAAAGAAGAUUCGCAAUAAUUCCCUGACAUCGCUGUGUAUUCUGAGUCAUCAUCCAUUCAUCUCUACAUUCAGAGAGUGUUUAUUUAUUCUGAAGCGGCUCAUUGAUUCAUGUAAUGAAAGGACUUGUAGCCGUAAAGUGGGUGGAUCCAAGGGAUCAUUAAGAGAUUGUGUAUGGGGUGUUCUGACUGGUAUCUGUAGUGACAUACCUCCAUUAGUCAGACAUGAUGUGAGGCAGAUAGAGACAUGGAUAUUGCGCUUCCUCAGUGCACCAGUUCCUGUACCUGGAAAAACACGCCUAGAAAUUCAGCUUCUUGAAACACAACAACCCAUGGUGUUUGCACUUCCAGAUCACACACGCUUCUCAUUGGCAGACUUCCCUCUACAUCUACCAUUGGAGUUACUGGGAGUAGAUACUUGUCUCAAAGUACUCACACUCAUCAUGUUGGAAAAUAAGGUUGUUCUACAAUCUCGAGACUACAAUGCUUUGUCAAUGAGUGUGAUGGCAUUUGUUGCUAUGAUCUACCCGUUGGAGUACAUGUUUCCUGUUAUUCCAUUGUUACCAACAUGUAUGGGAUCAGCAGAACAGUUGCUUCUGGCACCUACGCCAUUCAUCAUUGGUGUGCCUGCCAGUUUCUUCCUAUAUAAACCCUAUUUCAAACUUCCGGAAGAUGUAUGGUUUGUUGAUCUGGAUACAAACAAAAUAACAUUUUGUGGUCAAGCUGAGGAAGUUCCAGAGUUACCAGAGCCAGAAGGAUCAGUGCUGAAGAAACACUUUAAACAGGCCCUGACGAGUAUGAGCCUAAGCCCUCCACCAAUCAAAGAUUUUGAAGAGUCUCGAGGUGAAGUUGAAGCCAUCAGUAGAAGAAGAGAGAACUUCACUGAUGAGACAGGGUUUAACCCAUUUAUUUAUGGCAAUGAUGUUGACUCUGUUGAUGUUGCCACACGAGUAGCUAUGGUCAAGUUUUUUAACUCGCCUAAUGUGUUAGCGCACCAUAAUGAGCACACACGUACUCUGCGGUUACAUCCAAGGCCAGUGGUCGCAUUCCAAGUACAUAGCUUUGUACAGUCAAGAGUUGUUAUAUCCAAGUAUGUGGAACAACUUGCCAAAACUCAGGCUGUUGAGUUCUUUGGUGAGUUUUGUUUGAACCCAGUCAAUGUGACCUUUUUGCGAAUCCAAACUGGAGUGUUUGACCCUCAACUCAUUGGUGAUAAGUCAAGGUGGUAUAUGGAGCAGCUGCAACCAGUCAAUUUCAAGGUGUUUUUUGAGAACUGUACUUUAGGUAUCCCAUCGAGUAGUGGCAGUGAGGCAUGGUCAGAUUCAUCUAAUCCUACCGAUGAAAGUGGUGAAGAGUCUGAUGCUGGAAGCAGUAGUAGCUCAUCUUAUUCAUCUCUUAAUGACUUUGUGACUGAUAUGAUGAAUAGUGAUAUCCAGGGAGAUGUAUUAGAUAAUGAAGAGAAUGCAGGAGCCAAGAGUCAAGUAGAUGAGACAGCUAUCUACCAUCCACCAGAUACACUACAGAUCCCUACAGACAUGUCACAGAGUGAUUCAGCUUACUCAUUCCCUGAAACAGAUUCAUCUAGUAGUCAAGACACAUCUACAUCACCAGAGUCAUCAGAUGGUGAAGAGCUAGAGUUAACAGCGGGAUGGAGGAGUAAACCAGGGGUAGACCUGGAAGGAGACAGUGAUGCUGAUGUAGACAGCCUUCAGUAUGAUUCAGAUACUCCUACCCAAAGGCCAAGCUACAGUAAAUAUAAAACAUCUAUCAGUAGUGAUUCAUCAACACCUAUACAACCAGAUUCUCCUAGAAGAGGUAGCACCAAAGAUGGCCAUUCCUCACCAACAUUCUUGGAGAAAGUCAAUGCAUUAUUCAGAUCUGAUUCCUCAGAUUCAUCCACCCCACCGACACCAACACGAAAAAAACCAUCGUUAUUGAAGAAUAUAAUGGAUCUUGCCCUCGAUACAACAGCCAGUAAGGAACCAAUAGGUUCACCUACAUCUGUGACUAGUGCUGAUCCUGAUGAGUAUAGUCCAAGUGUCAGGUCAGACCCUGGACCUUAUAGAGGCAGUAGUAGAACAACAACUAAUGCCAUGGGAUUACCACUAAGAAAGAAAAAACCAUCUUCUCCAUUCCCAAGAGAUACUCGCCGUUCAUUAGUGGAGCGUUCUUCACUCAUCAGGCACAGCUCAACCAAGAAACCUGAAAAAGAUCGCAAAAGACUGUCUAUCUCAGAUGACAGACCCAACAGCAAGAAUGAUCGAUCAUUGAAGACAUUAAUUGAUGAUCAGCUGUUUCUUAAAGAGAUCACCCGAGGAGUGCUAGAAGGUAACAAUGUGGGAUGGCUGAACUGGUCUCGUCUCAAGAAGUUAAUGCAGAGUGAGAACAUGAGAGCUCAGGUUAUUAGUCAGCUAUCACCUCAAGAAAAUACUACCGUACUUGAUGAUUACAUUGAAGAUGCGCAAGUGAGCAAAGCCGUGUACAAGGGGAUUGUGUCUGUAUUGAAGGCAGUGGUAGCUGGUCUGGAGCAUUCCUUCUAUAACCAACCUGUUGGAGGGUUUGCAAGUGCAUUCGCUGUCCUUGAAAUUGCACAUACACACUACUUUGGCAAGGAGCCAAACCCAGGCAAGAAUAAGAAGAAGGGUGUUAUGCAAGGUGGAGGGAUAAGAAGUGAGAGUGCAUUUGACAUUGAGGGAUCAUUGGUUGUACCAUCAGAUGGUGUGCAAGUUAGUGAGAGCAUGGGUGCUAUACCAGAAACACAUAGUCUCAAUGAGGAUAAUUUUAUUGCUGCUAUAGAGAGUUGGGAGAAACGUGGAUCUGUUGUGAGCAGCAGUAGCACUAGCACAGAGGAAGGAGCCAUAAGAGUAAACUCUCCAAUGAUGGAAGGGAAUCGUAAUGACAGUGCUUAUGAGUUGAUUGAUAUGUCUGAAGUAAGUGUUGGUGGAAGUACUGGUGCUGGAGUACAUGGAGCAGUCAGUAUAGCGGCAGGAGUAGCUGUUACAGGUGCAAUAGGUUCCAAUUUGGAAAUGACAACACAGCCAGGAAGUAAUAGUGAUGGUACAGAUCAACUGGAGAAUGACACUGAUGCAAUACAACAAGAUAUAUAUAAACAGUCAGUUAACGACAUUGAAAAUAACAACACUGGGAAUGUUAAUGAUGAAGGGAUUACGUUUCAAGCCAGAAAAGACACUAUUGAGUCCCACACAGAUAUCAGCAACUCCAUACAGCCUAAAGAAAUCAUUGUACGUCGAGAGAAGUUCUCUGAAAAGAUCUGCAGUCUUGAUUCUGAGGUAUCUGAAGCCAGCACGUUAGUAAGUUACAACAGCACAGACACGCUUGGCAAUGAGAGUGAUAGCAGUUCAACAUGUGGUGAAGGACGUCUGCGCCGGUCACGUAUUACACAUCAGUCAAUAAGAUCUGUAAUGUCAGACAGUGAAGUAGAACUUAAUGGGCUAUCAUCCAUUGGUGGAAGGCGACGAUCUCCCAUCACAUGGAGUUGUAAAAGCUGUGUGAGUGCUGGCUUCCGUUACCAUGGAGGAAACAUGAUUGCUACCGAUACAGAUACCUCAGAACUCAUCUUGCGACACUAUGUGUUUGAAGCACUAAUUGGUACAUCUAAGGACAGAUCUCCAAUUUGGGAUGAGGUUCAGUUCUGGGAGGAUGCUUUUCUUGAUGCUGUAGCCGCUGAGAGAGAUGCAGUUGGUAUGGACCAAGGGCCAGCUGAGAUGAUUCAUAGAUAUGAUUCCCUUACACCAAGUGAGAAGAAGCGUCUUGAGGAAGAUGAAGAUAAGCUUCUAGCAGAUAUUUUAUCCAAUGCUAUUGCAUUUAUGGUCAUGAUGAAGGUUCCUAAGCCUGAAGUAAAGCGUAAAGUACGUCGCUUGCUUGGAAGGUCCCAUAUUGGAUUAAUCUGCAGCCAAGAAGUCAAUGACUUACUGGAUCAAAUCAACAACUUGCAUGGUAAUGACAUUGAUCUGAAACCUUCAGGCAGUAGACGAAUGCGUAAACAUUCAUUUGUGGUACAUGCAGGCAGUGACACUAAAGGAGAUGUCUUAUUUAUGGAGGUUUGUGAUGACUGUGUAAUCAUACGCAGUGGGAGUGGAGCAGUUUGUGAUCGAUGUUGGUAUGAGAGAUUGAUCAACAUGACGUACUGCCCUAAAACAAAGGUUCUUUGCUUGUGGAGGAGACUAGCAAAUACUACAAGACUUGAUAAAUUCUAUACCAAGAAGUGUCGCGAACUGUAUUUCUGCAUUAAAGAGAGCAUGGAAAAGGCAGCCACUCGUCAAAAGAAUGGCAUCACCGGAGAGCCAGAGUUAGGGGGAGAGUUUCCCAUCCAAGAUGUUAAGAGUGGACAGGGUGGCCUGCUGCAGGUUACCAUGGAAGGUGUGGGACUUAAGUUUUCACAGUCUAAGGAGCUAGAGUGGUUUAUUGAGCUGAAGGAUAUCAAAGAGUACAAGACGAAGAAAGAUAUCUUCAUGUUGGCUGAAUAUGACCCAAAGCAGAAGAGCACUGUUCGCCACAAGUUCCAGUCUAACAUGGCGCAUGACAUUGGUUACGCUAUGCUGUGUGUGUUUUCCUACAUAGCAGCUGCCAAGAGUGCCGACAGCUACACACGCAAAGAGUUAGAAGCAAGAAUGGCUGGCAGAAGGCGCCAAUUUCUCCACUCUCCUUAAGAAAGAAAACACAAUAUUGGAGAAUCUACAAAUAGAUCAAUAUCUUUAGAAAAACAAAAACUUUGUUUGUUUUCGUUUGAUAAGCCCUUGUAUGUUUCCAAACUGUGCAUUGGUGACAUUGUGUAGAAUACAUGAGCCCAUUAUAGCAUUACUCCUGCCUGUAUUGUAUAUCUAUUAAUGUGAAUAGUACUGAUAGGUCAGUGAGUAGGAGCAUGGAAGGAGGGUGGCAGAAUCAAUGUCUUUUCAUCGCUAGUGGUCAUUACAUAUUGUUGCCCAAUUUUGUCUUUGUAUCUAAGCAGUUUUUAUUACGACGCAUCCUGGAUUGGUGUUUAAGCCAACACUCACACAAGGCUUGCUCUAAAGAUGUUUACAAUAUAAGCUAUGAUGACUCUAAACUGGAUGACAAGUCGUUAGGCGCUGCCUACAAGUAGUUAGGCACUGCCUAUUUGUCUGCCGUUCAUGCAACAGUCACAGU